AAAACCAAACCGUAGAGUUGAAGGAAAAAGAAGGAAAGCAAGCAGUAAGGAGAGUCAACAGGUCUAACUUAACGACCCCGCGGGUACAGCGUACAGCAUAGAAUAUUCAAUAUUCAAUAAUCCCUCCCGGAAAGGAUGGACGGAGCUCCAACGACUAGUGGAAGCGGAGGAGGUGGUGGUGGUCCGGCGCCGUUUCUGAUAAAGACGUACGAGAUGGUGGAUGACUCGACGACGGAUGAGAUCGUGUCGUGGAGCUCCAACAAGAAUAGCUUUGUCGUUUGGAAUCCUCCUGAGUUCGCCCGUCUCCUCCUCCCUACCUAUUUCAAGCACAACAACUUCUCCAGCUUCAUCCGCCAACUCAAUACCUAUGGAUUUCGGAAGAUUGAUCCUGAGAAAUGGGAGUUUGCUAAUGAAGAUUUCAUGAAAGAUCAAAAGCAUCUUCUUAAAAAUAUCCACCGCAGAAAACCUAUUCACAGUCAUAGUCACCCACAAGGUUCUAUGAUGGAUCCAGAGAGAGCAGCUUUUGAAGAAGAGAUAGAGAGGCUUGCACGUGAGAAAGCUUCACUCGAGGCAAAUAUUUUAAGGUCAAAACAGCAGCGGUCAGCUGCAAAGCUUCAGUUUGAAGACCUAAAGCAACGAGUGGAUAGUAUGGAGCAGAGGCAGGAGAGUUUGCUGACCUUCUUAGACAAGGCUCUUCAUGAUCCUACUUUUGCUGAAAUUCUCGCUCGGAAGAUUGAGUCUAUGGAUUUCUCAGCAUACAAUAAGAAAAGGCGACUGCCUCAAGUUGAUCAGUCACCACCUGUUAUGGAAAAUAGUUUUGUGGAUAACAAUAGCAGUUCUAGACCAGAGUUUGGGAAUGUGUUUCACCAAGACUUCUCAAGUAAGCUGAGAUUGGAAUUAUCACCCUCUGUUUCAGACAUUAACUUGGUUUCACAUAGUACACAGAGUUCCAAUGAAGAUGGAGAUAGUCCACAGAGGAAAAUAUCUGGAGAACCAAAAGGUGUGCAGAUGAGAACUGAAGGAUUUGUAUUUCCACCUGAAACAUUAGACCUUUCAGAUACAGGUGCAUCGUUUACUCUUAAAAUGGAUUCUACCUUCUCACGAAAAUUGCCAACCAAUGAAAACCCAAGGCUGCAGCACCCAUUGCAGCCAAGUUUGACAUCUAAUGAAGAAGGUGAUGGUCAUAUUUCCUGCCAUUUAAAUCUAACUCUGGCAUCUUCUCCAUUGCAAGUCAACAAAAGUCCUUAUUCAGCUAGGAUGCCCCAAGUAGCUGAGGAAACUGGCAAAUCUCCAAAUUCGAAGUCUAAUACCAAUAGUAAAGAAUCUGAUACUACAGAGUUUCCAAAGAGCAUAAAUCUUGCUGGUGACACAACUUUGUCAUCCUCUCAACGGGCUUCAAAUAACAAUCAAGUGCCUGCAGCUGCUCCAGUUAGAGUAAAUGACGUAUUUUGGGAGCAGUUCCUAACUGAAAGACCAGGUUGUUUGGACAAUGAAGAGGCAAGUUCUACAUAUAGGGCAAACCCAUAUGAUGAGCAAGAUGAUGGAAGAUCAAGCCUUGGAAUGUCUAGAAACGCUAAGAACAUGGAGCAGCUCACCCUUUGAGCAUUGAUCUUGUCAUAUGCCCGGUGUAAGGUUACUGAAGGCUUCUCCAUUCUUCCAUGCUUUGUAAGAUUCACAAUUGAUAAGUUACAUGGUAACUUGACCCGUUGUUGGUUUGAAUAAGUUCAUACCAAACUGCUAAAUGUUCUUGAUACAUGCUGGUUAUCAUCUAUGGCAGUGCCAUCGUCAUGAAAGGACUUCAUUUAUAGUGUGGCAUUGACACAUAAAAUGUAAAGACAAAAUAUUUGGUUGUAUAAUAUAGAUCUUAUACCUUUUUUAUUUUA